AUGGCCAUGUCCAUCCAGCUCAUCGAAUCCACUUCUCUCAUUCAAUGUCAAGAGAACUCCAACCUGUCGGUGACCAUGUUCAACGUCCUGUUUACGCCCUCGAACCACACCCUCACCUUCGGAUUCGAUGGCUACUCCUCAAUAUCAGGCAACAUCACACUUGACGUGGAACUGAUGGUAUACGGGUAUUCGGCAAUGAAGGAGAGUCUGGAUCCAUGCAAGUUGCGUAUGGCUGGGCUCUGUCCGAUGAACGCUGGCGCCAUACACCUCCUAGGUGCGAACAUCCAGGUCUCUGAAGACGUCACCAAACGCAUUCCUGAAAUCGCGUAUUCGAUUCCAGACCUGGACGCUCUCGUGCGAUUUCACGUGAAUUCCACACAGACACACCAGAGCGUUGGCUGCGCCGAAGCAUACCUCUCAACGGGGAAGACGGUCUACCAAGUGGGCGUGGCAUGGACACUGGCUAUCAUCACGGGGCUGGGGUUCCUGACCUCAGCUGCCACCUCUUUGCUGGGUUAUACAAAUGCAGCAGCCCAUAUGGCGUGGAGCUCGCUCUCCUUUCUAGCAUUUAUGCAAAGCCAGGCAAUGCUCGGGAUGUCCUCCGUGCACAUGCCCCCGAUUGCCCAGUCGUGGACACAGAAUUUCCAAUGGAGCAUGGGAAUUAUUCACCGUCGGUUCCUGGGGAAGAUAUGCAGUUGGUAUCAGCGAGCAACUGGGGGUACUCCGUCAGAUGUUCUGUCGCGCCUGUCUACGGUCUCCGUGAUUGCCCAAAAACGCUCCUUGGAACCUGUUACAGAAACUGUCUGGAAAAGAGCAAUGGUGGACAUCCCUAAUACCAGUCAAGUUGUCGUCCGAGGGAUAGAGAGGGUCGGUUUUCGCGCCUCGAUUGAGUCCACAAACAUCUUCCUCACCGGGUAUAUUGUCUACUUUUCCCUCGUAGCCUUGAUCAUACUCAGUGUUGUCUUGCUCAGGCUCGCCUCAAAGCUGCUGGCGAAGAGCAGAUACCCCUGUUUCUGUUCAACAGCUGACUGGAAGUCUCUAAACCGAGGGAUCCUCUUUCGCUUGGUAUUGAUGGGAUACCCUCAGAUGUGCGUUUUCUGUCCAUGGGAGUGGACACGCAGGGACUCGGCUUCUGAGGUGGCGCUUGCAUCGACCAUGUGGCUCUCCAUGACGUUCCUGCUCGCCUGGGCUGCCUGGAAGAUCAUUCUCCAAGCACGGAAAUCGAUUUCGAUACACGACAGCCCGACUUGUAUCCUCUACUCCGACCCGGCAUUUCUGAACAGAUGGGGGUUUCUCUACGUGCAUUUCCGAGCAUCGGCCUAUUACUUCCUGGUACCGUUGCUGCUCUAUUAUCUUAUCAAGGGCAUGAUUAUUGGUCUGGUUCAGUCUGCGCCAAUUGUUCAGAUCAGCAUGCUGUUGGUCGUCGAGGCCAUAAUGCUGCUGGGGAUAUCGAUCAUCAGACCCUAUAUGGAUAAGGGCACCAACGCGUACUGCAUCUCGAUUGCGAUGAUCAAUUUCAUAAAUGCGGUUUUUAUGCUUAUAUUUGCGGGUGUGUUCAAACAGCCUGGGCUGAUGACUGCAAUCAUGGGGGUGGCCUUUUUCGCCUACAACGCGAUUUUCUGCCUCGUCCUGUCGAUUCUCAUCUUAACCCAGACAUUUGACGCCAUGACAUCGAAUAACCCGGACACCAGAUACCAGCCUAUCGCAGAUGACCGCGCCUCCUUUUUCCCGGGGGAAAGGAAAAAUAUAUCGACAGAAUUGGCGGCCUUGGGUGCGGUUGCGAGAGGCGACCACGAAGAAAAUGAAGAUCUGCUGGUUCACAAUGGGGAUAAUACUCGGACUCAUGAAGAGGCUAAUGGAAGCGUCUCCUCGGGUCAUAGCAGUGAACGACUUGAUGUGCUUCCUCCCCUGCACUCAUUCUCCCCGUUUCAGUCCUCGGUUGCCUUGUCGGUGCCUUUGAUUCCAGCCGCGCAUCAGCCGAAGGACUAG